GGUUUAUAUUGGUUUGAUGAAUUUCUAAUACUUGUAUAAUAUAGUUUAAGGGAUUCUUUCUUGUUGGACGGAUGGUAUUGAUCUGCUAAGAUAUCACGAAAUAUUCAUAGCAAUAACAUUCGUAGAGACUGUCGUUAAGAUGUUACAUCCUGCAGCAGGGACCAACAACAUAUGUCUUGUUACCGAUUCAUACAAGGUGACACAUUAUCGUCAGUACCCUCCGAACACUACGCUGGUUUAUUCGUACUUUGAGAGCAGAGGUGGGAAAUAUCCAACUACAACAUUCUUUGGCCUGCAAUACUUGCUAAAACGUUUCUUAACAGGUCAGGUCGUAACAAAAGAGAAAAUAGAAGAAGCUAAGAAAAUAUGUAACAGUCAUUUGGGUCUCGAUAUAUUUAAUGAAGAAGGGUGGAAUUAUAUUUUAGAGAAACACUGUGGUUAUCUCCCUUUGUUGAUAAAAGCUGUUCCAGAAGGACUAAAUAUACAAACCAGAAAUGUCUUGUUUACUGUGGAGAAUACAGAUCCAAAUUGCUACUGGUUAACUAAUUAUUUCGAGUCAUACUUAGUUCAGGUAUGGUAUCCUAUGACCGUAGCAACAACUUCUCUAUAUCAGAAGGAUCUGAUUACUAAAUAUCUGAGAGAAACUGCUGAUAACCUCGAUAGCUUACCAUUUAAAUUAUCUGACUUCGGAUUCAGGGGAUCAUCUUCGUUUGAGUCAGCUGGUAUUGGAGGCUGCGCACAUUUGGUACAUUUCCUAGGGUCUGAUACACUUUGUGCUUUGAUGACAGCAAAAUUGUACUAUGGCUGUGACAUGGCGGGGUUUUCUGUACCAGCUGCAGAGCACAGUACAAUAACCACAUGGGGGCAAGAUGGCGAGAUAGAUGCGUUUAGGAAUAUGUUAAAACAAUUUCCAACAGGGAUAGUAUCAUGUGUUGGUGACAGUUAUGAUAUGUGGAGAGUUUGUAACAAUGUCUGGGGACAAGAACUAAAAGGUUUAGUAGAAGCUAGAGAGGGGAAGGGGACAUUAGUGGUUCGUCCUGAUAGUGGUUAUCCUCCAGACAUUGUUGUAAAGGUGUUGGAUAUUUUAGGAAAAUAUUACAAAACAACUAUAAAUUCAAAAGGGUUCAAACUAUUGCCUCCUUAUUUAAGAGUCAUUCAAGCAGAUGGCGUUAACUAUGAAACAUUAGGUGCAGUUUUAGAAAACAUGAAGAAAAAUCGAUGGAGCGCAGACAACGUAGUGUUUGGGAGUGGGGGUGCUCUCUUACAGCAAGUAGACAGGGACACUCAGAAAUGUGCUUUCAAAUGUAGUUUUGCUGUUGUAAAUGGAGAAGAGAGAAAUGUUUUCAAAAAUCCAGUGGAUGAUCCUGGUAAAAUGAGCAAAAAAGGUCGCCUGACUCUUGAAUAUGAAAAUGGGAUAUAUAAAACAAUAGAAGAAGGCAAAGGUGACAAAAGCAAGGACAUUCUUGUUCCGGUUUAUAAAAAUGGUGUUCUGUUGAACGAUUACACUUUGGAUGAAAUCCGGAAGAAUGCCGUGAUAUAACUUGAUUCUCCUCUACAAAUACUGAUUUUGUAUUUACAUUAUUAAUUUUUAGUAAAUUAAAUGGUUUACGUAUAUUUUCGAGGUAUGUCCAAGACACGAUGUUGUGUCGAUAUCGAUCACAAUUUUUCGUAUGUAUGUUGUUAUGUCAACAUGGCCUGAAUCCUCUCUUUUUGUUGUCGAUAUCGACGAUAUCGAAUCAAUAUCGACAAACAUCCCAUAACUUGAACAACGGCCUAAAACCUCUGUACUUGUUGUCGAUAUCGACAAACAUUCCAUAACUUGAACAAAGGCUUGAAAACUUCGUCUUGGUUGUCGAUAUUGACGAUCUCAACAAUAUCAAAUCGACAUCGACAAACAUUCCAUAACUAGAAAAACGGCAUUUAACCUCUGUCUUGUUUGUCGAUACCGUCGAUAUCGACUAUAUUGAAUCGGUAUUGAAAACAUGCCGUCACUUGAACAACGGCCUGAAACCUCUGUCUUUGUUGUCUCCGGUUGGAGUAAAUGCGUAAAUUUUCUUUUUAAAUCCAGUUUACAUACGAUUUUUGUCUAUGUUGGCAUUACAUUUAAGAAAGCAUGUAUAAUAUCUUAACUUGACAUUCACCCAUGCAAAGAUGUUAACGCAAUAAGAAUUUAUGGUUAGGUCGCCCAAUUACUUCGGGGUCUUCGGUUUUCAUUUGUUAUUAGUUUCAAUGUCAAAUGCUGUUGUUUGUCCUUGUAUGUCUUAUUUGUUACCGGGUUUGUAUUUUGUUCUCUUUUUGCCAUUCUUCUUAGAUAGUUCCGGGUCGUCAACACUUCUUUUAAUAUUUUUAUUCUCCUUUAAUGUUUAUCUAUAUACCAUAUAUCAUCGGGGAGAGGUUUAAAAUGUUCUAUUUCGAUAUUGAGUCGAUAUCUUAUCGCUGUUGUCGACAUCGACGAUAUCGACGUCUUGUUUGUUCAUUAAUUCAUUUAUUCAGAAAUUUUCGAUAUCGAUUCGAUAUCAUGUUGUUAUUGUCGAUAUCGACGAUAUCGACAUUAUGUAUUUUCAUGCUAUCAUCAUUCGUCUAUAUCGAUUCGAUAUCGACAAUGUGUUUUGUCACGAUGUACUUGUUAGUCGAUAUCGACAUCUUGUUUGAUCUUCGACAUGUAUGAUAUUAUCGCUACUUUUAUGUACUUCUUUGAAUUGAACGUAAAUUGAAAAUACUCGGGCUAAACAUGUUAGGAAUUUUUUCCUAUCAUAUUGCAUUUUAAAAGGAGAGAUGUGCAGACUAUAAAGCUUAUCUUUUUAUCAUUAUAUUUCAUGACUACAAGAUUAUGUUAUCGUCAAACUUAGAAAUGUUCAUGUUUUGUAUAUGCAUGUACAAAAUUUAGUCCUGGUAGCUAUGAUGUGUUUAUUUUUCUGUACCAAAUCGUAUUGAGAAUUGUUGACCAAAAAAACUUUUAAAAAUUCCUUUGGUUGAUUGAACUAUAUUUUCUCUGUGGUCGGGUUGUGGUGUCUUUGGCACAUUCCUCAUUUCCAUUCUUAAUUUUAUAAUCAAAAUUUAUAUACUGAAACGUUACAGUCAAAAUAAAUGAUUAUUAAAAUCGAAGUAUUUUUUUAUAUCAAUAGUUGAUAACUUAAGAUCAAUUAUUAUAAAUCAAUCAAUGCAAAUCAAAGUGACAAAUUAAAACAUGACAACAAAUAUGCCAUGCUCAAGAUGCGUGUACCUCGACCGCAAAACAAUAUUUUCUUAUUAAAGAACUAAUUUUGUCGUUGUUAACAAAUCUGCAUUUUGAUAAUACAACUAUUUAUACCAAUUGUAUAGAUAUGAAAACAUGUAUAAAGAUAGAUUAACCACGAAGCAAACUCUAUCGUAAUUGAGGUUUUUUUAAUAAUCAAAUCAAAAUUUAAUUCUUUUUCCAGAUGAAAUCUGGAAGAAAGCUGUGCUAUAACUUGGUUCUCUAUUGAUUUUCUAUUUAAAUAAAUAAUUUUAGUAAAUCUAAUGUUUACGUAUGUAAUCGAUCACUGUUUUGAAUUAACGCAAAUUAAAAAAUACUUGGGAUAAACAUGUUAAGAACUUUUUUCUAUCAUAUUGUUAUUUUAAAGGAAGAGAUGUACAGAAUAAAAAGCUUAUCUUUUUAUCAUUCUAUUCAUGACAACAAGAUUAUGUUAUAGUCAAACUUAAUCCUGGUAUCUAUGUAUCUUUACGUUACAGUCAAAAUGAAUUAUUGUUAGUAUUUUUUUUAUAACAAAAGUUGAAAACUUAGUUCAAUUAUUAUAAAUUGAUCAAGGCAAAUCUAGGUUACCAAUUAAAAAAUGACAACAAAUAUGCCAUGCUAAAGAAGCAUGUACCUCGACCGCAAAAAAGAUAUUUUCGUAUUAAAGAACUAAAUUUGUCGUUGUUAAAAAUCUGCAUUCUGAUAAUAUAACUGCGCAAAUCAAUUGCAUAGAUAUGAAAACAUGUAUAAAGAUAUAUUAACCACGAAGCAACGUCCUUGCUGAUUGCGACUAAUAUUAAAUGAGCUUUUGUAAACUAUGAAUAAAGUCAACAGUAGUAUAUCGCUGUUCGAAAUUCAUAAAUCGAAUGUGGAAAAACAAAUCCGUGUUACAAUCUAAGACUGACACUAAUAUAUCAUUACACGUAGACAUUAUAACAUCACUCAACUAUUCUAGGGAUAUUAGUAGACAAACACCUACUCUUGUAUUUAAACUUAACCUCGUGAAACUGUAGAACU